UAAACAUGUCAGAACUACACUUCCCAUCAAGGGUCAGAAAGAAACUUCCGGCACAGUCUUUUCCCAGCAUUCCUUGUUUACUUCCGGGUUUAUUACUACUGAAGGAAGAACGCCAAAUCAGAAAAGGGAGAUCAGGUACCUUCCAGAGAGUGAGACCCAGCGCCCUUGUCUCGCACCCAGUAGGCUUUCAUCCCCGCCAUGGCGGAGCUGAUCCAGAAGAAGCUACAGGGAGAAGUGGAGAAAUAUCAACAGCUACAGAAGGACUUAAGUAAAUCCAUGUCGGGGAGGCAGAAACUUGAAGCACAACUAACAGAAAAUAAUAUCGUGAAAGAGGAACUGGCCCUGCUGGAUGGGUCCAACGUGGUCUUUAAACUUCUGGGUCCGGUGCUAGUCAAACAGGAGCUGGGGGAGGCUCGGGCCACAGUAGGGAAGAGGCUGGACUAUAUCACAGCUGAAAUUAAGCGAUACGAAUCCCAGCUCCGGGAUCUUGAGCGGCAGUCAGAGCAACAGAGGGAGACCCUUGCUCAGCUGCAGCAGGAGUUCCAGCGGGCCCAGGCAGCAAAGGCAGGGGCUCCUGGCAAGGCCUGACCCCAUGGUGGGGGGAGGGGAGGGGAGGGAAUGAGGCAGCUCUAGGAUCUAUACUGUAGCUAAUAAAAUGUAAAAACACCUG